AUGAACAAGAAAAGUGUUGUGAGGGUCCUGGUCCGAUUCCGAAAUGUCAACUUUGCUCAGGAUAUUGUUGAUCUGCAGCCAGAUAACCAGACAAUAAACAUUCAUGUGAAGCGUGACCUGAGUCGGCUUGUGGUGAACAACCAGCAAACCGAUUGGUCCUUCAAAGUCGAUGAGUUCAUACACCACUCCUCGCAGGAGGACAUGUACAACAGUGUGGCCAAGAACGUGGUGCAGCAAGCACUCAACGGUUACAACGGUACAAUAAUGUGUUAUGGGCAGACAGGAGCUGGGAAAACUUACACCAUGACAGGAACCACUGAGAACUUCCAAUAUCGAGGGAUCAUCCCCAGAGCCAUUCAGCAGGUGUUUAAGGAGGUGGAAGAGCGAAUAGACUACAUGUUCAUCGUGCGUGUGUCCUACCUGGAGAUCUACAACGAGAACCUCUUUGACCUGCUGUUCACGUUGCCUGAUACCCCGGCCAGCGACUCCCAGCUAGCUGUGGUGGAUGAUGCACAAGGCGUUCACGUCAAGGGCCUAUCCAUUCAUCUGACCAACAAUGAGGAGGAGGCUUUGAACUUCUUGUUUGAGGGUGAAACCAACCGAGUCAUCGGCUGCCACACACUGAACAAGAAUUCCUCCCGAUCCCACUGCAUCUUUACCCUGUACAUCGAGUCUCGGAAGAGGAAUUCCUCAGAUGACAAGUACCUAACCUCGAAGCUGAACAUGGUGGACCUGGCGGGGUCGGAGCGAUUGCAUAAGACAGGGUCGGAAGGACAGAUGAUGCGCGAGGCACUGUACAUCAAUAAGUCGCUGUCCUUCCUGGAGCAGACCAUCUUAGCUCUAGCUGACCCCAGGAGGGAGCACGUGCCCUUCAGGCAGUGUAAGCUCACACACGUGCUGAAGGAUUCCAUUGGAAUGAACAACAACACGGUGUUGGUAGCCAAUGUCUACGGUAACGCUGAGCAGAUCGAGGAAACGCUCGCCACACUGCGCUUUGCACUGAGGAUGUCGUGUGUGAGUAUCGAGCCCGCCCCCAACAUACACAGAGACCCUUUGAUCACGGUUAAGAACCUGGAGCAGGAGAUCCAGAUGCUGAAAGAUGAGUUGACGAUGCAUGAUGUCCUGACCAACCGCGGGCAGAUCAGCUACGAGGUGCUGACAGAGAACCAGCUGAAGGAUAUCCGUUCCCAGGUCUGCCGCUUCCUGGAGGGAACCCUGGAUGAGAUCAAUGUUGUGAACUUCCGGCAGCUCCGCGAGGUCUUCGCACAGUUCAAGUACCUCUUACAAAAACAAGCGCAGGAAAUCGAGGAUAUGUUUCGCGCAAAGUACACCAUGAUCGACCGGACAGAUGAAGUCACCUCACCCGUUGAUGAAAAGGUUGAGCCUGUGGUGGAGCCAGAAAAACCCCUGGUUGGAGAGGUUGAUGGGCGUGGAUUCGGGAUUGGGCCCACUCCUCCCACCACCAAAUCCAGGCGUGUCCGCAGCAGGAGGAACAAAGACGCGUCAAGUACCUGUGGCAAGCGAGGGAGCACCCCUUCAGGAAAGGACAUGGAACCAAUAUGUGAACUGAAGAUCCCUCACCUAACACGUUCCACCAGGGACUUCCACAGGAAGGAAGCCAGGGAAGCCAAGGAGGCAGCUCACAAGGAACUGAAGGAGGCCAAGGAAGCGGCCCACAGGGAGGUCAAGGAGAAAGACAAAGAGAAGGAGUCAUCUCAUAAGGAGGGGGUGUAUAAAGAAGGGAGAGAAUCAAUGUACGGGGAGUCAGAGGUGACGAGCACCGAGCCGAUUCGAUCCGACUCCAUCCCCAAGUUGGAGGAAGUCAGGCUCGGGACUCCCCCGUCCCGAGAGAUCGCCUUUGAGAUCUUCAAAGCAGAGAAGGGCAGAGAGAUCUCGCGUAUUCUAAAAGAGAACAAGGUGAUCUUCAACGAGAAGAAACUGCACAUGGGGGAACUUACCAACCGCAUCAAUAACAUAAAGGAGGACAUCGAUGUUACUAAACAGUCACUACACAGCAAGAAGGGCGAGCGCAUGCUUCAAGGAGAGUAUGUGAGUGAGGAGGGGGAGCCGGUAAUUGACGAGGAGGAGUUAAACCUGAUCCUGCAGCUGAAGACCCUGAAGCAGCAAUACCGUCAGGAGUGGGAGGUGCUCAAGGACCUGCGUGUGGAGGUGCAUUACUGCCAGCGCCUGGUGGAGCAGUGUCGACACCGCCUGCUGCUGGAGUUCGAGACCUGGUACAAUGAGAUGUACCUGCUGCCCCCCGACCUGCGCUUUUCCCCACUGCCGGAGGCCAUUCGACCCGGAAUGAUUCCCGCUUCCAGGAUUGCCUCACUGAAUGAAGAUGAUAAGGAGAGGUUUCAGAGAGUCCAGCAGGAGAUACUGAGGGAGAACCCGGACUCUGUUGCCUUUUACAAUGCCAGGAUGAGGAUGCAGCAGCGGCACAAGCUCAAAGUCGGGUCACAGGCACAGACCGUGCGGGCAGUGAAGCAGGCUGGAGCCAUCACCCGCACCAUCAAAACCAAACCCCCCUCGGCCUUCAGCCUCGCCUAGAGACAGCGCAAGAGCAAGCGAGAGAGAGAGAGCGCUGUGUGUACAAUGGGAUCUGCCUUUCCUUUCAGCAGCACCGCCCCCCAC